UGCCUUAAUCGGGCGAUUUUAUAUUUAUAUUAUUAUACUCGCGAUCAAAAUACUAUCGAUUGCGACAGCUUCAUUUACUCUCUUAAAGUGACUGUUUUAUAAGCGUAACCAUUCUAUAGACGAUAGACAAAAUAUGUAUCACUGCUAUUUAUUUUAAGCGAAAUUAUUAAUCUAUAGCUUAAUACAGUGGCUACGUCUCAUUGAUAGGAAGUAAGAUUUGGAGCACCUGUUAUUUAUUUAGCCAGCGUUACAGUAAGAAGGACCAUAUCAUUCGAAUUAGUUGGAUUAGUUAUCCGGAUUCGGCUGGCAGAAAGCCUCAACUGGAAAGCCGCUAUCUCGUCCUCCCUGGUACAGGAUUGGCUUCCGUGUCGCAUGGAUAAAAGGUAUGAGGACCAGGUGCAGUACUCAGGGACAGAGGGAGAGGGCAUCCCUAUGGGGGGGUACCGGGACGUGCAGGCCAUGAGGUCCCUGCAACCCCCCCACUACAGCCACCCCCUCACAGACUCCCUCAAACACCACCGUGACCAGAUCUACGGCCACCCUCUGUUCCCCCUUCUUGCUCUGGUGUUUGAGAAGUGUGAGCUGGCCACCUGCUCCCCCCGGGACUCCACCGCCCUGUCCUCAGCCCCGCCCCACCACCCCGGGAUGUCCAAUCACAGCGACGUCUGCUCCUCAGACUCCUUCAAUGACGACAUCGCUGUGUUUGCCAAGCAGAUCCGCUCAGAGAAACCCAUCUUUUCCACAAACCCAGAACUGGACAACCUGAUGAUCCAGGCCAUCCAGGUCCUGCGCUUCCACCUGCUGGAGCUCGAGAAGGUACAUGACCUGUGUGACAACUUCUGCCACCGCUACAUCACCUGUCUGAAGGGGAAGAUGCCCACGGACCUGGUGCUGGACGACCGCGAGGGCGGGCCCAAGUCCGACAUGGAGGACUUCACUGGCUCCUGCACCAGUCUGUCAGACCAGAACCCCUCCUGGCUGCAGGACCCAGAGGACUGUGUCUCCACUCCCUCAGGGGAUGGUAUGGACUUGGGUGUGGCCUCCCCCAGCACGGGUGAGGAGGAUGAGAAUGACCGGGACCGGAGGAACAACAAAAAGAGGGGGAUCUUCCCCAAAGUGGCAACCAACAUCCUGAGAGCCUGGCUCUUCCAGCACCUGUCGCACCCGUACCCCUCAGAGGAGCAGAAGAAGCAGCUGUCACAAGACACCGGCCUCACCAUCCUGCAGGUCAACAACUGGUUCAUCAACGCCAGACGCAGAAUUGUCCAGCCCAUGAUAGACCAAUCAAAUCGCUCAGGUCAAGGCGCCCCCUACAGUCCGGAGGGAGCGGCGAUGGGGGGGUUCGGUCUGGACGGACAACCACACCUGGGCAUCAGGGCUGCAGGGCUUCAGGGAAUGACGGCUUUGUCCUCGGAAUACCCCGGAGCUGUGCUGCCCCAGCCGGGAUACCCCCACGGACCCCCGUCCCUACACCCCUACCCACCCCCCCACCCCGCCAUGCUGCUGCACCCGCCGCCCCACCCCCACCCCUCGGACCCCCUCAUAGGCCAGGGCCUGGACAUACACGCCCACUAA